AUGAUUCUGUCUACGAAGAUAUCUACUCGCUUUGCUCCUAUUCUUAGCCUCCGCCGCUGCUCUCGCCCCCACGCCACUUGCCUUCAACCUACUGUUGAUCGUGCCGAACUUGACUCGAUCCAGCACCAGCUCGAUCUGAAAUCUCCUGUCGACACUCUGGCAUGUCUUCUCAUAAAUGAUUCUCGCCCGCUGUAUCGACAGGCGCACCUAUCUUCACUAGUCAAGAAUGCUCUGAGAAUUGACUUUCCCAUCAACGGCCAAAUGCUCGAUAGCGAUCAGUUUCGAAAACAUAUGGCUGUCAAGUGGAACGAUAAGUAUCGCCGAAGACUCAUGAGGGAGCAAUUCCUGAGAUGUCAAACUGUUCAACAUGUCAUGCGCGUUCUCGCUGUAGCUUUGCAGCAUAAAGAGACCACCCGUGAGUUGGCCUCCAUGGAAACUUGCAUCGUGAGAGCUCUUUAUCGUGCCCGAGACACCACAACCGACCACAAAAUUUUCGGUGCCAUAACAACAAUCAUUUGUCGUUUCCGAAAAGUCAACAUACCAAUUGGCCGCCACCUCUUGGCCGUCGGUAUCAAAUUUGCUGCCCGUACACGCAGCCUGCCUGGUAUGAAAAGAUACCUGAAGCUGCAUGUCGAACUGGACUUCCCCAUCGCCAAAACUUUGUUCAGGGCCAUCAUCGCCAAGUUUAGUGUCGGAAGUAAUGGGUAUGGUGAGAUACGAAAUGGUAGAUGGUCACGUCGCGAUCUGCUGCAAGUCCUUCUUGGCUUCGAAGACACUGCUCCAGAGGACCAACAUCACCUAGGUCUAUUUCUCGAUCGAAGUGAAUGGUCUGGGUUGUAUGGAUGGCUUGUGGUGUUGUCUCGCUGCAGAGCAUCCGACGAGAUUUGGAAAGAGUGGAUAUUGUGGCAGGGCAAUCCCAUGCGUCUGAGCACCGGCAAGGUGGUAUCUUCACUCAGCGAAUGUGAAGCUAAACUCAGAGGCGACUACUCAUUUAUCGAGAUGAUGGCCGACUCGGGAGACACCCGCCGAGCUUGGGAGAUGCUUCGCGACAGUGGCAUAUCGUUCGGGGAUUGUCGGCGUCGACUGAGGCAUAAACUUCUGCGAGACAUACAGUAUGCAACCCUGUGGGACUCUCAUAUUUCUACCGACUUGCUUGAGCAGUACGAUUUAGAGCUGAAGAAGGUGGAAAAUGCAUUAGGCGUGGAAUGGAUUGAUCUGGGUGCCGACCAAGGGUACCACAGACCUACCAAUAACAUGCAACAAUCCCUCGAGUUUCUCUCGUCGCCUUUCUUCAAGCCAGAACCAGACUUUGGGUACCCCCUGGAUCUCAGCGCAGAAGAGAUCAAACAACAGCAUCAGCUGAUGAAAGAAUACGCCGAGGACAUGCCAAUAUAUACUCCAAAAACCUCUCGCAAACCUACAACACAUGAUCACAACUCAACGCCCUAA